UUACACUAGAAUAGUGGACGGCUUUUUUUUUUUUCGUGGGUCUGUCCAGAAAAGAAAGAUAAACUAGCGCGAGCCAAUCCCACAUCCCCACACACCCAGAGAGAGAAAGAAGUGUCUGGUCACUCUCGAUUUGAAGUCAAGUGGUCAGUCUCACGCGAAGAGACACGCACACAUGUAUCAGCCUCUUCCAGGAUUUUCUACACCCUAAUAUCUUAUUUCUGUCAUUCUUCUCUCUACAUCUUUCGAUCUUUGAAAUGAAAACAAGACCUACUUUGACAAUUUGGUUGGUGUUUGUCUCCUCUCUUUUAUAACUUUCCUUUGAUUCAAAACCGAUCAUUGACUUGGGUUUCUGGUUUCUUUUCUUUUGAUGGAGAUUGAAUGUUUUGCUUUUUUUUUUUUUUUUUAAUAAAAGAGUUCAUAGUUUGAUUAUUUCUAUCUCCCAGUUUUUAUGAAUUCCAAAAUAUUUGUCUAAAACAAAUAUAUCAUUCCAUUUUGUCUUGUUUUCAGUGUUUCACCACCUUGGCCUUUUUGCCACUUAACAUGCUUCAAAGGCUAAGCUUUUUAAUUCCUUGAAACAAAAACACCGCCUUCAGAUUCUCAAGUCUCAACACUCAACUUUCUUCCUUUGCCGCCUUUCACAAAUCCAUUCUCAUCUCAAAAUCUCUAAACAAAACUUUGUCAUCCAAUUCAAUCAAAAAGUGAUCUUUUUGAGCUUAAAGUUGAAGUCUUUGUUAUCAUCCCAAUUCCGAAAAAGUAAUCCUUUUUACUCGUUUGAGGUCACGAGAAUUAAUUAAAAUGCAAGAUCAGACGGGUUUUCAACAAAUGAAAGGACCGGGUUUUCCAGAGCAAGAGCAGCUAAAAUGCCCACGGUGUGACUCAACCAACACUAAAUUCUGUUACUACAACAACUACAACUUGUCUCAGCCCCGCCAUUUCUGCAAGAACUGCCGCCGUUACUGGACCAAAGGUGGCGCCCUUCGUAACAUCCCUGUGGGUGGCGGUACUCGCAAGAACACCAAACGCUCCUCCUCGUCCUCGUCCUCGUCCUCAUCCUCCUCCACCAACAACCCUAAACGCCAGCCCAAUUCCACCCCUGGCUUGACCCGAAACCAAAAAGUCCCUGACCCCUCUCCGCCGCUGACAACAUCAUCGACGAUUCCCCAGCAAAUUGUUUUGAACUCGGGGGUUCAGACUUCAGGUUCACAUACGGACCCGACCCGGAUGUAUGCCUUGUCGAUUGAUCAAGAUAGGAAGAUGAUGGAUAUCGGUGGGAGCUUUAGCUCGCUGUUGGCAUCGAGUGGGCAAUUUGGGAACCUUCUAGAAGGGUUGAAUCCAAAUGGGUCCGGUUUGAAAACGGUGCAAAUGGGUGAUUUCGGAGGGAAUUUGGAUCCGGUUCGUGGAAGGGAUCAAGGUUCGGGUCGGGAUCCGGGAUUGGAAGAGAGCAAUAAUAAUGGGGAGAGCUAUUUGGGUGUGCAGGGUAGUGGGGAUACAACUUGUUGGACUGGUGGUAGCAGUGGUUGGCCUGAUCUAGCUAUUUACACUCCAGGUUCAAGUUUUCAGUAGAGAUAGACAAAAUAUAUUUUUGAAUUUUGCCCCUUUUUUUAAUAUCUCCCCACUUUCCCUUUGUUUAAUUCUGCUUAAUCAUGGUAAUUAAAACCUAAGGUUGUGAUGAUAAUUGCAUGAUUUUGUAGUAUUUAAUGAUGCCAUAGGAGAAUAUCCGAGCAUUUAAUUUAAUGAUAAAGUAUGUGUAUUUUUAUAUUAAAAUUGUGGAGUUUGAAAUUUUUUUUUUUUUUAUAAAAAAAAAUGAUGCUAUGGGAGAUGACAAUGCUACAAAAGACUUCCAUACUACAAUUGUACCAUUCUAUAGUUAUUGAGAUUUUCUUUUUUUUUUUCUCCCUUGUGGUGUGUUUGUAAGUGUUUUAUGAAUGAUAAUAUUAAGAGAAGAAAAUAUUAAGAAAAGGGUUUUCCCCCUUUUUCCUCUUCAUAUCCUUUUGUAGUAAUGUAUAGCUUUUUUUGUGUGUGCUUUAAAUAUUUUUGUUAGUUAGUAUGCCAUUCAUGAGGGAAAGUAAUUUGACAAUUUUUUGUUGUUCAUGAGUUUGGUGGAAUGCGACAAGAUAUGGGAAAUCCAAUCUCCUUAGUUGAAGCUCUAUAUGAUUAAAGUUUCUGUCUUUCAAGAGCUAGACAGAAUCCAACCCCCUUC